CUAAGCUCUCAGUAUUCAAGUCUAUCUUUAUACCCAUACUUACCUACGGUCAUGAAUGGUGGACCAUCACUGAAAAACUUCGAACUCGGGUACAAGCUGCUGAAAUGGGCUUUCUUAGACGAGUCUCCUACCGGAGAAGUUGGUGCUGUUGCGGGACUGCGGCGAGUCAAAGAGGCGGCCAAGGUAGCCCUAGCCGUUCUCCAGUACAGCAAGCAUACACUGCUAGUUGGUGAGGCUGCAACUCGAUUUGCCAUUGAGAUGGGGUUCGUCGCGACCGAUCUGCAAACAAACGCUUCCCUGAAAAUGUGGCGCGACUGGCAACAUCGCAGCUGUCAGCCAAAUUUCCGAAAAGUAGGCCAUGAUUAUUUCACUUCUUCAGGCUUUUCCUGGCUGAAAUUUUAUUACCUGUGGUCCGUAUACGCCAGUAAAGUCGAAACUGCGGAUAAGUUUGCAUGGUUUAUUGUGGCAACUUCCACUAACGGUGCCAGAUAUAAAAUUCCCGGCAGAGUUGGAGACUCUCCCAUACCCGGAGCUGGUGGCUUUGCCGACAACGAUAUUGGAGCUGCUUGCGCAACUGGAGACGGUGAUUUAAUGAUGCGCCUACUUCCGAGCUAUCAGGCAGUGGAAAACAUGCGGAAUGGAAUGUCACCCAAGGUGGCUGCGGAAAGCGCAGUCAUACGGUUGGCUAACAAGUUUCGCUCAUUCCAAGGCGGAGUUAUUGCAGUGAAUAAGCAAGGUCAGUUCGGUGCCGCCUGUCACGGUUUAUCGCAGUUCGGCUACACGGUUCGGAAUUCAAUUCGGUUGUCACUACCAAAUUCUACAAACUAUAGCAAACCUGGCUGA